ACCGCGGUAUUUCCAAAGGGGCUCAGUUGUUUGAAAUUUCCCCACCAUUAUUUUCGUCCAACUAUUUAGGGUUUAGGGUUGGAGAGCAGAAGAGGAACAGGAAGUGGAAGAGGAGAGGAUAGCGAUUGAUCGAAGACCAUGAGCUCCCCGAUGCCGCGAAGUUCCAAGCCAACGCGGCUGUCUCCCUUCUUCCGCGAUCUCGCCUCGCCGAUCUCCCCUCACCACCGCCCCGUCGGUCGCUUCGCCACCCCCGGCCAAGCCGCCGCCGUCUCCGCCCUCUGGAAGGAGAACCUCGCCGGAUCAUCCGCGGAUCCCCCUCCGCCUCCCGUCUUCACCCUCGAUGACCGCGCUGAUCUCUCGCCGGAGGUCGGCCUCGGCGAGCUGCCGCCGCCCUCGCCGGUGUCCCCGACCAGCACCCGGAGCCGGACGCCUCCCCCCCGGCCGAAUCAGAAGGGAUAUCCCUCCCCUUCUCCGUCCCUCUCGUCGUCUUCCUUCGUCUUGAGAACCAGGGCUGAGGUGAUUGGUUCUGGCGUCGCUAACGGCCGAGGGCAGAGCCCUGAGGGUUCCAUCUGGAUGGCCUCGCCGAAGGCCGACGGAGGAGAGCGAGAGAUGGGCCAGGGUUCUCCGGUGGAUGGGGUUGUCGAGUCCGGUGCGUUGAUGGUACUCCCACCCCCGCUAUCGAGAGAGAUCGCGAGGCCAGAGCCACAAGGAUAUGGCGUGCAGAAUGGAGGGCUUGAUGCAGACGAGUGGGUUACUGUUUUUGGAUUUUCCCCUGAUCACACCAACUUGGUGCUACGUGAGUUUGAAAAAUGUGGUGUCAUAGUAAAACAUGUACCUGGACCAAGUGAUGCUAACUGGAUACACAUUUUGUACCAGAACCCGUAUGAUGCUCAAAAGGCUCUCAAGAAAAAUGGUAUGCGGCUAAACAGUCUGUUGAUUGUUGGGGUGAAACCUGUAGAUCCAGUGCAUCGUCAGCUUCUUAAGGAAAAAAUAAACAGAAGCAAUCAUGGAGGCUUCAUGGUUUCAUUACCCUCAAAAUCAGCUGCUUUAAAUAGCUCAGCAACUUCUAAUUCAUCAGGAAUCGUUGCUCGCUCCUAUCAACCAAAGACCAGCUCAAAUGUCACUACUGGUAGCUUCAACCGAGCAACAGGAUCUAUUGCAACUCCAGCAAAAUCAGUUGUAUCAAAAGUCAUGGACCUGAUGUUUGGGAUAUAAAUUGGACUUGGAUGAACAUCUAUCUACAUUGAUUACUUUGGCUCUUAAGCCUUUCUUUUCCUCUUUGAAGUUCUGUUGUAGAUGUUCUUUCCAUGUAUCUGAUGUAGUAGUCUGAUGUCAUUUCACCGGAAUUUGUUUCAUAGGACUGACUGCCUAGGAAUGGCUGAGGGUAACAAAAGCAAUUUGAUCAUGGACAGGAUUUGAAGUACUGGUAAUGCGUCUUGAUGUAAAAUGUAAACCCUAUCUGUUUGUAUCAUGAGUGUUAUAAUGUAUCACUAACGUAUAGCUCCCUUGUCACAAU